AUGGCUGCACCCAGAGGUCGUCUUCAGGGCAAGAAUGCCAUCAUCACCGGUGCUGCAGGAGGCAUUGGUCUCGAAACCAGCAUCCUCUUUGCUCGCGAGGGCGCCAACGUCCUCAUGGCCGAUAUUUCCGCUCCGGCACUCGAGAAGGCAUUGGCCAAAGUGAAAGAAGUUGUGCCGACGGCUCCGCGCGUGGAGACUACCAAAUGCGACGUAUCCAAGGAAUCCGACGUGCAGGCCAUGGUGGAAUCCCAAGAUAGCUGGGGCGGCACAGACGUCAUCUUCAACAACGCGGGAAUCAUGCAUGCCGACGAUGCCGAUGCGGUGGAUACUCCCGAGAAGAUCUGGGAUAUGACGCAAAACAUCAAUGUCAAGGGAGUGUGGUUCGGAUGCAAGCAUGCCGUGCUGAGCAUGCGACGCCACAAGAAGACCCGCGGAAGCAUCAUCAACACGGCCAGCGUGGUCGCGUUGGUCGGUAGCGCCACCCCUCAGCUGGCAUACACCGCUAGCAAGGGUGCUGUGCUUGCGUUGACCCGCGAGUUAGCCAUUGUGCAUGCGCGCGAGGGAAUCCGGUUCAACGCGUUAUGUCCUGCGCCGUUGAACACCCCACUUCUUCAGGACUGGCUGGGUGAUGACCAGCCCAAGCGGUUCCGUCGCGAGGUGCACUUCCCGACGGGUCGAUUCGGCGAGGCCGUUGAGCAGGCACAUGCGGUGGUCUUUCUGGCCAGUGACGAGAGCAGUUUCGUCAACGGCAGUGACUUUGUGGUGGACGGGGGGAUGACCAAGGCUUAUGUGACCCCGGAGGGACCGGCCACUGCUGCUCCCCAGAACCUGGGACAUUAG